AUGACGAGAUUGUACGUUACCUUCGGAAAUGUGCGGUUGUUUCGGAAGAUUUUGAUGUCGAUGGGAAAGCUGGGAUUGACCGAUUCGCAGCAGUAUCUUCUCAUAUAUCUGGAUGCCGAUUAUAACUGGCUGAAUGUCUACCAUGCGAUGAAUAAUCACUUCUUUAGAAACACCAUGAUCGACUUGCAGUCGUCUUGGGAUGUUACUAAUUCUUCCGACCACCGCAUCAUAGGAUAUUCACGAGCUGCCUUGGCAAUCAUUCCAACCCCAGUAGAGCUAAAUUCGGCAAGGUAAAU